GUCUGCAGUCUCUGGUCAUCCCCUGUACUGUCUGCAGUCUCUUGGUCAUCCCCUGUACUGUCUGCAGUCUCUUGGUCAUCCCCUGUACUGUCUGCAGUCUUUUGGGUCAUCCCCUGCACUGUCUGCAGUCUCUGGGUCAUCCCCUGCACUGUCUGCAGUCUCUGGGCCAUCCCCUGCACUGUCUGCAGUCUCUGGGUCAUUCCCUGCACUGACUGCAGUCUCUGGUCAUCUCCUGUACUGUGUCCGCAGUCUCUGGUCAUUUUCUGUACUGUGUCUGGUCAUCUCCUGUACUGUGUCCGCAGUCUCUGGUCAUCUCCUGUAGCAUGUCUGCAAUCUCUGGUCAUCUUCUGUAGCAUGUCUGCAGUCUCCGGUCAUCUCCUGUCUGCAGUCCACAGUCUCUGGUCAUCUCCUGUAGUAGGUCCGCAGUCUCUGGUCAUCUACUGUACUAUGUCCGCAGUC